ACACUUAAAAACAGUGAGAGAGCGCCGCACCCUCCUCUUCCUCUCGUCCCUCUCUAGGUUUCUCCAAUGGCUUUCAUCAAAGCUUCGAAGCCGCGUGCCUACUUCAAGCGCUUCCAAGUCAAGUACAAGCGCCGCCGUGAGGGCAAGACCGACUACCGCGCCCGCAUUCGCCUCAUCAACCAGGACAAGAACAAGUACAACACUCCCAAGUACCGCUUCGUCGUCCGGUUCACCAACAAGGACAUCGUCGCUCAGAUCAUCUCCGCCACCAUCUCCGGCGACCUCGUCCUCGCUUCCGCCUAUUCUCAUGAGCUCCCCCGCUACGGCCUCAACGUCGGCCUCACCAACUACGCCGCCGCCUACUGCACCGGCCUCCUCCUCGCUCGCCGCACUCUGAAGAAGCUUGAGAUGGACGAGGAGUACGAAGGCAACGUCGAGGCCACCGGCGAGGACUUCUCCGUCGAGCCCGGCGAGAGCCGCAGGCCUUUCCGCGCUCUUCUCGAUGUCGGCCUCGUCCGCACCACCACAGGAAACCGCGUCUUCGGCGCUCUCAAGGGAGCUCUCGACGGCGGGAUCGACGUGCCUCACAGUGAGAAGAGGUUCGCCGGAUUCUCCAAGGACUCGAAGAGCUUGGAUGCCGAGACUCACCGGAAGUACAUCUACGGUGGACACGUGGCGGCCUAUAUGGGGACUCUGACCGAGGAUGAGCCGGAGAAGUACCAGACUCAUUUCAGCCGGUACAUCAAGCAGGGUGUUGAGGCCGAGGCGAUUGAGGAGCUGUACAAGAAGGUGCACGCCGCCAUUAGGGCUGAUCCUCUGGAGAAGAAGACCGCCAAGCCGGAGCCGAAGCAGCACAAGAGGUUCAACUUGAAGAAGCUCACCUAUGAGGAGAGGAAGAACAAGUUGAUCGAGAGGCUCAAUGCAUUCAACUCGGCUGCUGGAGGCGAUGAGGAUUCUGAUGACGAGUGAAGAUGAGGUCUAUUUGCUUUGCUUGUUUUUAUGUUAUGACUCUUAAGCUAAAUUUUUGUAUUCCGAAUUUUAUGUUGUUUGAGAUACUUGCUAGAAAUGCUAUUCCAGUUUUCGCUAUAAUGGGAUGUGAACCUGCUUGGUUUUGGUUAUUUCAUCAAACUACUAUUCGAUUUUGUAGUGUCACAUGUGUUAUAUCAUGUAAUGCUGUGCGUCUGA